AUGACGGUGCCGCAGCGCCUCAAGGGGGGCUCGGCGCUGUGCAUCGACACCGACCUGAGCGACGAGAAGGCGGGUCUGUGGAAGGUGGGCGCGAAGGUGCUGUGCUCGGCCUCUUUCGACAACCGGGACCGCCUCGCGGAGGUCGUCGAGCGCAAGGUUGGGGACGACGGGGGGAUGAAUUACUACGUGCACUACGUGGACUGCGACAAGCGGCUGGAUGAGUGGGUUUCGGAGGACCGAGUGCGCGCCUACGACCCUAAAGGCGUCGCGACGGAGCUGGUGUCGCCCAUCGCGUCUGAUCUCAUGUCGCCCACCGGAGAGACGCAACAGAAGCUCACUCGGCGGCUCAAGCGGCGCAUUGAGGAGGUGCACCACGUACAGAAGGGCAUCGACGAGCUGCCUCCGCUUGACCGCCACCUCGAGAAGGAGCACCACGAGAAAACCAAGGUCAAGAACAUCCACAAGGUCGAGCUGGGCCGGCACGAGCUCGACACGUGGUACUUCUCGCCGUACCCGGCUCCUUACAGCGAUUGCCACAAGCUGUACGUGUGCGAGUUCUGCCUCAAGUACUUCCGGAAGUGCAGGACGUACUCCCAGCACUGCAGCAAGUGCGCCCACCGCGCGCCGCCGGGCAAGCAGGUCUACCUGGGCUCCAAGUCGGAGAACUCGAACGGCGAGCAGAUCGCGUUCUACGAGGUCGACGGCGCCGACGCCAAGGUCUACUGCCAGAACCUGUGCCUCCUCUCGAAGCUGUUCCUGGACCACAAGACGCUGUACUUCGACGUGGAGCACUUUCUGUUCUACGUCAUGUGCGAGGUGGACGCGAAGGGCGCGCACAUCGUGGGCUACUUCAGCAAGGAGAAGCACAGCCUGGAGGACUUCAACCUGGCGUGCAUCCUCACGCUGCCCUCGCACCAGCGCAAGGGCUACGGCCGCGGGCUGAUCUCGUUCUCGUACGAGCUCAGCAAGGCCGAGGGCAAGCCCGGCACCCCCGAGCGCCCGCUCUCGGACCUGGGCCUGGUGUCGUACCGGUCGUACUGGCUGCGCGCGCUGCUCGAGACGCUCAAGGAGCACCGCGGACACAUGACGGUGCGCGACCUCAGCCGCGCGACGUGCAUCAAGCCGGACGACGUGGUGACGACGCUGCAGAGCGUCAACCUGUGCAAGUACUGGAAGGGGCAGCACAUCAUCAGCGCGACGCCGCGGAUCAUCGACGAGCACCUCCGGACCUUCGAGCACCAGAAGGGCGUCCAGAUCGUCCGCUCGAAGCUGCACUGGCGGCCCCGGCAGUGGCCGCACCCCGACCACCUGGCCAAGAAGGCGCGCACGAAGCCGUCCAAGUGA